UGUGUGUGUGUGUGUGUAGGUGGGUGAGCCUACAGUGAAGAAGUGAUGGGCAGGGGAAGAGCCGACUCUCAGAGAGGAAUGAGAACUUGUCGGGGAUGGCGGACAAACCUCCGACGCUGGUCGUGAAGCUGUUUGCCGCCGGGUUUUACGGUCUCAGCUCGUUCUUGAUCGUCGUGGUGAACAAGAGUGUCCUCACUAACUACAGGUUCCCGUCGUCGAUAUGUGUCGGAAUAGGACAAAUGUUAGCCACGGUGAUUGUGCUGUGGGUGGGCAAGGCUGCAAGGGUGAUCAGCUUCCCAGACUGCGAUGAAACCAUACCUCGCAAGACAUUUCCUCUACCUCUCCUGUAUGUGGGAAAUCAAAUCACUGGUUUAUUUGGAACCAAAAGGCUAAAUCUGCCCAUGUUUACAGUCCUCAGGAGGUUCUCGAUCUUAUUCACUAUGCUGGCCGAGGGAUUUCUGCUCAAGAAGAAAUUCUCCAGACCAGUUCAGCUGACAGUGUUUACAAUGAUCCUUGGGGCAUUUAUAGCUGCGAGUGCUGACUUAUCAUUUGAUCUGCAAGGCUACAUGUUCAUUCUCCUGAACGACAUCCUGACUGCAGCCAACGGAGCCUAUGUGAAGCAAAAAUUAGACGCAAAGGAGUUGGGGAAAUAUGGAUUAUUGUACUACAAUGCAUUAUUUAUGAUAAUUCCCACUCUGCUGUUGGCUCAUGUGACUGGAGAUAUGCAGAAGGCAGUGGAAUAUGAGGGCUGGUCGGAUGCAUUGUUCCUCACCCAGUUCACUCUGUCGUGUGUCAUGGGGUUUAUUCUGAUGUAUUCCACUGUGCUGUGUACACAGUACAACUCAGCAUUAACAACUACUAUCGUGGGCUGUAUUAAGAAUGUCCUGGUGACAUACAUUGGAAUGGUACUCAGUGGAGACUACAUUUUCUCAUGGACUAACUUCUUAGGUUUGAACAUAAGUAUUGCUGGCAGCCUGGUGUACUCGUACAUCACUCUUACAGAGGAACAGUCCAGCAAAGCGAAUGAAAACACCAAGCUGGAUAUCAAGGGCAAGAAGCUUCGGUGAAGCGUUUACAGAUGUUCUCAAGCCCUCUGACCGGCUCAUAGUGCAGCUUCACCCAAGGCUUAGCUGGGACUAUUUUAAUCUCAGCGGCAACCAAGAAGCCCAGAGUGCCACAGGACCACGGGACGGCGUGGAAUAGAUCCGAGUUCUCCUCCUUUAUGAAGA